AUGGCAAGCGAUAAAGCACAGGUCAAGCUGUAUUGGCUUGAAAAAUCUCGAGCUCAGAACAUCCUAUGGCUGCUUGAGGAACUCAAGAUAGACUAUGAGAUCGAAACCUUCCGCCGCGGUAGCGACAUGCUCGCGCCGUCGGAACUAAAGAAGAUUCACCCGUUGGGCAAAUCUCCCCUGGUUUCCGUCACGCCGCCUGGACCAUCGUCGGAACCCAUCAUCCUGGCUGAGAGCGGAUUCAUCACUCAAUAUCUCAGUGAACAUUUUGGCCAUGAGACGACUAUGAUGCCGAAGCGCUGGAAGGAGGGUCAGGAGGGCAAGGUUGGCGGCGAGACCGAAGAGUGGAUGCGUUGGCAGUACCUGCUGCACUUUGUUGAAGGGACCUUUAUGUCGACAUUGAUCAUCGCGGUGGUGGUUGGCAUGUUGAAGAGCAACAAAAUCCCCUUUUUCCUUCGGCCUAUCACAUCCAUGGUCGCAAAUCAAAUUCUUUCAUCAUUCAUCUUGCCCAAUCUAAAGGGGCAACUUGGCUUCCUGGAGAAGCAGCUUGAGACGUCCAGCGGGGAUUACCUCUGUGGCAAGAACUUGACGUCGGCUGAUGUUUUACUCAGCUUCGGCCUGCUAUCUGUCAGAGACAGGCUCGAAGAGUAUGGUUCGUGGCCCGCUGGUGGACCCCAAGGGGUGUACCCUAAGCUGUUUGCUUACAGCACUCGGCUGGAAUCGCAGCCAGGAUACAAGAAGUCGGUUGAGAAAAUCAAGGAGAUUGAUUCAAGCCUGGGGAUUGAGUUUUGA